GGCAAAGUUUUGGGGCAAUAAACCAGCCUAAAAUUGAUAUCAGAUUGAUUAGAGAAUUCAGAAAUAUCAGCCGCUGUUGUAGAGGGGAGAAACUCCGAUCCAAUUUAGAGAUGGACAGAGGAGGUAGAAGAGGCGGAGGAAUGGUAGGGCUGCUUCUGCUCCAGGCAUUGAGCGAGUAUGGCCGCCUCGACCGCAAGCCUCCCUUCACCGCAGGUCUUAUCGCUGCUAAUACACUUCUUUACCUACGCCCUAAAUUUCUCGAUCCAAUUCUCCCAACCCUCAAUCAAGUCUGGUUUAAUCCCCACCUCAUCGUCAAGAACAAGGAUUUGAAGCGCCUUAUUUUAUCUGCAUUGUACCACACUGGUGAACCGCAUCUUGUAUACAAUAUGUUAUCCCUACUGUGGAAGGGAAUACAGUUGGAGAGUGCAAUGGGAAGUGUGGAGUUUGCAACAAUGAUUGCAGCUCUACUUGGUAUGUCUCAAGGCAUCACGUUACUGCUAGCCAAAUUUCUUCUGCUCUUUGACUAUGAGAGAGCCUACUACAAUGAAUAUGCUGUGGGAUUCUCUGGUGUGCUUUUUGCCAUGAAAGUUGUUCUCUACUCUCAGUCAGAUAGCUAUACAUAUGUGCACGGACUCAUGGUCCCUGCACGUUAUGCUGCGUGGGCAGAACUUGCUCUCAUUCAAAUGUUGGUACCUGGAGUCUCAUUUCUGGGUCAUCUUGGGGGAAUUCUUGCUGGAAUCUCCUACUUAUACCUUAGGAGUGCAAGAUCUGGUGUUAACCCUUGUGUGAAGAUAAUGAGGGGUGUCACCCAUCUGUUAUGUUGGCCGUUAAGAUUUCUGAACGGUAUAUGCUUGCGGCCUUCAUCUGGCCGUGUGUUUGGAAGGGGAACUCUCCAAGGAGGCGAGACACCAGGUGUUUGGAGUUGUGAAGCAUGUACAUACGAGAACCCAAGCUUGUCAAGUGUCUGUGAGAUGUGUGGGGCAGAAAGUAACGGUGAUGGAUUUACACCCACAUCCUCAUCCACAUCCAGAAGUGAAUCCAUUUCGCUUGAGGAACUAAGACAGCGGAGAGUCCAGAGAUUUGGUUGAUGGUGAUACAAUCUGCAGUGGAAGUUGGCAAGAGGAGAGAUUACUCGAUAUAGGCUGGAUUUUAAACAUGCUCGUGAUUUUUAUUUUGUAUGUAUUUCAACUAUGUUAUUUCACGUAUAGAAAAAUGCUUAAUCUUGUUUGUUCUGAGGAA